AUGCUGGGAGCUGUUCUCUUCUUCGUUGCUGUGCUGUGCAUUUAUCUACUUGGCAGUGCCAUUUAUAAUGUCACACUUCAUCCUCUGGCUGACGUGCCAGGUCCGAAACUAUGUGCGAUCAGUCGUAUUCCCUACUGGCUUGUUGCACUUGGAGGUGACGACGUUGAAUGGAUGAAGAGAUUACACGAUCAGUAUGGGCCUGUUGUGCGUUUCGGGCCAACCGACCUGAGCUACACCGCCGGAGAAGCUUGGAACGAUAUCCAUGGACCCAAAGUGACAGAGAAAGCGCAAGAGUUCUCUGUGCAGCCGGUUAACGGUAUGUGGCUUCGCCCUACAGCCGCAGGAGUUCCAAGCAUGCUGACAACUGGCACUGAAAACCACUCUCGAAUGCGUCGGCUUUUUGCCCCUGCUUUCUCAGAAAGAGCUCUGAGACAGCAAGAGCCGCUCUUCCGAAAAUAUGUUGAUCUUCUCGUGUACAAAAUCUCCGAAGUUGGCGAGGCUGGAAAGAAACCAGUGGAAAUGACCCAGUUGCUCAACUUCGCAACUUUCGAUGUUAUGGCUGAGCUCUGUUUCGGGCAGCCUCUGGGCCUCCUGGCGAAGAACGAAUACAGCCCUUGGGUUAAAUCCAUAUUCGAGUCACUGAAGAUGCUACCAAUUGCUUCCAUUAUCAACUACUAUCCCAUCUUGAAUGCCAUCUUUACCCGUUUCGAGCCAAAGUCAGUGACUCAACAGCGGGUUACACACUGCAAGCAUUCAGAGGAGCGAGUCAAUCAACGUUUACAAAACGGUUCCGAUCAACCGGAUGUGUGGAAUCUGGUCUUGACAGCUAAAGAAGGCAAAGGUCUCACGCUUGAGGAAAUGCAUUCUAACGCUGAGCUGUUCAUGCUCGCUGGCUCAGAAACAACUGCUACACUUCUGAGCGGAUGCCUCUACAAUCUGCUCACCCACCCCGACAAACUGAAAAUACUACUCCAAGAAAUUCGAGGCAACUUCACAAAGUUGGAUGAUCUCACAUUUGAGCGGCUUGCUGAGCUGAAGUAUAUGAACGCUUGCUUGAAGGAAGCGCUACGCAUCUACCCUCCUGUACCUAUUGGUAGCCCAAGAGUGGUUCUUCCAGGUGGACAACAAAUUCUCGGAAAAUGGGUGCCGCCUGAGACGCGUGUAUCAGUACACCACUGGUCGACAUAUCAAUCCGCAGCGAACUUCAAGAAUCCCAAGGCAUUUGUACCUGAGAGGUGGCUGAAAUCAGAUCCAACCUACGCUGGGGACGCCCUCGAUGCUCACCAGCCUUUCGGUUUUGGGCCCCGGAAUUGCCUGGGCCAGAAUAUGGCAAUGCAUGAAAUGAGACUCAUCCUAGCCACACUACUCUUCACGUACAACUUUGAGCUAUGUGAAGAGAGCCAGAACUGGAAGGACCAGAAGUCGUUUGCCUUGUGGAUCAAGAACCCGUUGAUGAUUCGUGCGACACCGUUGGCUGCGCAAGAUAGACUUGCUAUCUGA